GGAAAAUUAAUUAGACAACAAUGUGAUAUCGGGAGUUGAGAGUCUUCACAACCACGGCCAAUUGCCGCCGCAUCCUAUCGCCGAAUUUCAAUUUCUGUGCACCAGCAAGAUGAGCACAAAUGAUCCUCAAUCCAUGGUAAUUGAAGUAGAAAAUCUCCGGACUUUCCCCCAAUGAGCAAGCAGGAAAAGGUGUACGAUCAUAGAUUCCAGCGAACCGAUCGAUGGAUGCCGGUUUACUCUCAAUCGACACAGAUGAGUUGAUUAAGUCCAAAGACGUCGUCGAUUGGCUCACGGCCAACCCUGAAAUCAGAGACGACUACAUUAAAAAGUGUCAUGUCAAAAUCCUCAAGCGCAAGGAAAAACAGGGACUUAUUAUUGCUAAACUACCUCCUUCAAACGUUGAUCAGAAUUCUGAAUUCAAAGCUCUUUCUUCACCACAUUUUACUGGCAAUAACUUAAGCAAUAUUCCUAAAGACAGCGAGCUAUAUAAAGCAAAACGCAGUGAGGCUCUCCGCAAGUAUGAGAUAUCUAUCUGAUUCAGUUUAAUUGAGCUGGAGAAACAAUUGAUGCCACUCUUUGGUAAACAAGAAAAGCAGUAAGCAUCUCACAACCUCAGCUUUCUGGUUCUUAUCUUGCUAAUGACGAACGCCCAUCUGUUUACCUGCAAAACCGAUGCUGUGUCUGUUAAUUUAUAGUUUAGAUUUUCCACAACUUUGAUGUAGUUAGUGUAUGAUUACAAAUUCACUGUGUAGAAGCUUGUAACUCUAAGUAAUGCCUUAACUUGUACUAUCUUUCUUAUUUUUUGGUGAUAUUUAUUCAUUUAUGAGGGUGUGGUCUCCACCACCAUUCAUAAAAGUAUUAAUUGCUUAUUA